UCUGAGGGAUCCUAAGUUCAAGCCCAGAGACAUGAAAGCAGAAAUACAAAAACAAUAUGAGAUCAUAGUGGAUUUAAGGAAAUGUAGGAGGGCAAAGAGUAGGGCUUUGAAUGCAAUAGAUGGUUUGUUUAAGAAGCAAUAUGGCUUGUUAAAGGCAUACAUGAGAGAGCUCUUAAGGAGUAAUGAUGUAAGUACAUGCAUUCUGAAGGUCACAGAUCAAAGUGACUCAUCAGAAUCAGGAGUCUCUCAAAGAUUCUACGUGUGCUUUGCAGCCAUGAAAAGGGGGUUCGCCAACAAUUGUAGACCUAUAUUUGGACUUGAUGGGUGCUUUCUUAAACAUGCAUGUGGUGGGCAAUUGUUAAGUGCCGUGGGGAGAGACGACAAUAAUCAGAUGUGGCCAAUUACGUGGGCUGUUGUGGAGGCUGAAACAAGGAGCUCUUGAGAAUGGUUUAUGAGAAUCUUAUCCAAUGAUCUCAACAUGGGAGAGGAAGAGGGAUUGACAGUAAUUUCAGACCAACAAAAGGUAAGGAUCAAUUUCAUGUCAUAUUCAAUUUAAUCUCUAUCUGGGCUACAUAUUUACAUAUUUGGGUAUGUUUUUUUGUUUAACCAGGGUUUAGUUCCAGCUAUACAUGAAGUUUGGCCCCAAGUGGAGCAUAGACAAUGUGCAAGACACAUUUAUUCCAAUUGGAGGAAAACACAUACUGGAAGAACUCUUCAAAAACAAUUUUGGUAUUGUGUGAAGGCAACCUCCAUGGGGGAUUUUGCAAGAGAGGCUGGCAAACUCAAGGAUUACUCUCAAAAGGCAUACGACGACUUCAUGACAAGGGAUCCUCACACCUUCUGUAAGUCCCAUUUUAAAUGUCAUAGCCAAUGUGACAGUGUCGACGACAAUAUGUCUGAAACCUUCAACUCAUUCAUCCUUCUUGCAAGAUACAAGCCAAUAAUUUUUAUGCUAGAAGACAUUAGACUUGCCAUGAUGGAUAGGAUGCAGUUAAAAAGGAAGUUGAUUACACAAUUUGUGGGUGGGAUUGCACCUAGGAUAAGCAAGAAAAUCAAAGAGGGAUAUCAAGAACAAUUGCACUGUCAAACACGUUGGUCGGGAACAAAUGACUACAGUGGAUUUGAGAUACAUCACAGAGGGAUUGGCCAUGAGGUUAACUUGGGUGAAAAUACCUGUUCUUGUAGGGUUUGGGACUUGACUGGAAUUCCAUGUUGUCAUGCCAUUAUUGCAAUAUUGUUCAUGAGAAAGAAUCUAGAAGAUUUUGUUGCUCAUUGGUACAAAAGUGAAGCUUACAAAAAUGCUUA